AGGAGGAAUGUGGGGGUGGCCAGGAGUGGCACCAUGCUCAUAAACACCAGAGAGGCUCUGUCCGCGGGGAACACUGUGGACACACUCUGCUAGCAGGCUCUUUCAUAUCUGAACAUGUCUGGUCAUAAUCAAGGUGGCUGUCCAGGUGCCCCACCAGGUGGCUAUCCAGGUGGCCCACCAGGUGGCUAUCCAGGUGGCCCACCAGGUGGCUUUCCAGGUGGCCCACCAGGUGGCUAUCCAGGUGCCCCACCAGGUGGCUAUCCAGGUGCCCCACCAGGUGGCUAUCCAGGUGGCCCACCAGGCGGAUGUUCAGGUUUCUCACCAGGCGGCUAUCCGGGUCUCCCAACAGGUGGUCCUCCUGCCUCAUGCCAUCCAGGUGGUGGCCCCUGUGGCCCUCCUCCUCCAGGGGAACAUGGGCACCAUCACGGUCAUGGCCAUGAUCACGGUCACGGCCACGGUCACGGUCACGGUCAUGGUCAUGGUCAUGGUCAUGGUCAUGGUCACGGUCACAGUCACGGUCAUGGUCAUAAGAAACAUGGCAAGCACUGCGGAAGUGGCAGCGACUCAGACUAGACCAUAAGAGGAACUCAAGAUAACAGAUGGGGCUGCUGAACUCAGGGACCAUCCACAGAAACUCUUCUGCUUUUAAUACUUCUAACCUCUUUGAUUUAUUACAAAGCCUCUUACUGAACCUAGAAGUGAAUUUUACUGUUCUGUCGUUUGUCUUUUACAGGCAACUGUGUUAUUGCAGUGGUUGUCAAACUGGUAUCAGGCUGAUCCACUGAACCUCUUACUUAUAGUGAUUUAUGGGGCUGCUACCAUAUUGUGAUCAGGGCAUUACAGUUAUUAACAGCUAAACAUCAUUUAAUGGACAUCAGGGUUUCUGUUGUGAAGACAAAAAUGAAAACUUAUCUCAGCUUUAUUUGCUUAAUGUGUUUUCCUCAAACAAAAGCUUUAUGGUUCUUUUUUGACAAAAUAAAGAGAUUUUGAAAGAAAAAUUAA